UCUUGACACAUUCGUUAGUUUCAUGGGUUCCAAUAUUUUCCAACGCAUACUCCGGUUGAAUGCAAAUGUACGACUUUUCUCGACCAGAACCCCACCCGCCGCCCGUCCGCCAUACCGCUACCUAAGAACAUUAGCCCUCGGAGGGUCGGUCGCUGUCACCGGUUACACCCUCGGGGCCCUCUACCCGCACCGGCACAUCACAUUCAUAUCCCCCCGCCCAGCCCCAGGUCCACCCGAUCCCGAAUCCCCCCAAUCAAUCGCAUACACAGCAGCCCUCGAACAAUCCCUACAGACCCUCCCCCUCCUCACUUCCCUCCGCGCCAAGCCCGAUGCUGACGAGUGGUACGAAACUCGCCCUUAUGUCAAUUACGCAGAGCAGUUCCGCGUAAACAGCCUCACUGCAGGCGCACUUCGCGGCCCGGGAAAGCUCGCGCUUCCGCCCCUAGUACGCGCUAGGAGGGAUGAAAGUGAGGCUGUCGUCAUCGUGCAUGUUGGUCGGGGGUUAUGUGGGCACGAUGGUAUUAUUCAUGGCGGUUUGCUGGCUACUAUAUUGGACGAGAGUCUGGCAAGAACUGCGAUCAUCAAUUUACCAGACAAGAUUGGCGUCACUGCCAACCUGUCCAUAAAUUAUCGCGCCCCGACAUUUGCAGAUCAGUUUAUCGUUGUCCGAAUCAGUUUGGUCGACAAGGCGGGCCGCAAAUCCAAAGUGAGCGGCAAAGUAGAGGACCUCAAAGGCAACGUACUCGUUGAAGCACACGCAACUUUUGUCCAACCUAAAUACGCUCACUUGCUCAAGAGUAAAGCCAUCCAACAGAUGAUGGGCCAACCCGAACCCGCUAAAUCAACACCCGUGCUCCUCAGCGAGGGCAUGCCGCCUCCACCUAAGGCAUAGAGCAAUUUAUACAAUUUACUCGCUAAGAUAUCAUACAGUUAGAGAUACCUGUAUCAUAGACCACUCUGCUGCAACCCUAGACGCAAUUCGCGGAGCUGGACUCACGCGGACAUAUUCAUGUACUGCCACUCAACCUACUUAAGAACAACUUCCAAGCCUCUUUCACCAUGCCCCCUAUUACUGAAAGCACUUAUAGUACAGGAGGUCAACCG